GACAGUAGCCAAAACGUCAAAUCAGCAUUUCACAGAGUUAGUGACAGGAAAAUGAAAGUUUUACAAGUUGUUACACAAGGCGAGACGAUGAACAAUAACGGCACAGAAAACUUGCUAUCUGCAGUUCAGGCGCAAAAUGACAGGAAUUCAAAUGAUCAGAAACAUUCGACAUCAGGUCUCAAGUUCGGAAUAGAUAGUAUACUUGCCUCGCAAGCAAAAAUAAAAUCUGCAGCAGAAAAAGAUAUCAAAGACCUCGAAGAAAUCCGAAGAGCAAACGACCUCGAGCGUUUCGCCUCACAGGGCAGCACCAGCCGCGUAGCGGCAUCCACAACGCCGACGACAACGUCACCCCUCGCUGGCAUCACCCCUCCGUCUCCCUCCAGCCCUAUGCUGCCCCUCUCCUCCGCCGCGGCCGCCGAGUCCCCCAGCCUUUUCUCUUCGCUGUAUAACUACUGGAGUAUGUUCCCGUAUAUUGGUGCCGGGGAUGCUUUCUCUGCGCUGGUUCACCAGAGAGAGGCGAUGCUUAGGUUUUCAACAGUUUCAGACAUUACAAAGCAAACGGCCCUCCCACCCUCAGUGACGGCGUCCAUGAUGGAUUACUACAGUCAACUGCAGGCGGCGCCACUGAGGAGCAAGAGGCUCUGGAAGCGCACCGUGUAUACGCCGGAGCAGAAGCGCUACCUGGAGUCACAGUUCCAAGCUCAGAAAUUCGUGGAUGUUUUUGAGAGACGGCGACUGGCGUUUGUUCUGGGACUCACCGAUGAAAAUGUUAAAGUAUGGUUCCAAAACCGUCGCAAACGUUGGCGCCGGGCCCUGAUGCAGGGAGACGGAUCACUGAAAACCCUUGACAGUCUUGAGGACUACCGCAAAUUCCAAGCCCAAAGAAACAGCGUCGACCCAGACGACAUGGAGGAGGUUAUUGAGGACGAAGACGAGUGACGCAACAAGGUUCUUUGUCCUCUGCAGGACGAUUACUUUAAACACAGCGUUUUGACAAACGCCGUUGAUGGAUGCCCAGACGACAUAAAUGGCACCAACGUUUUCAAUGUCAAGGACAAAUACGUCUAGGUCAAGGGCAGUGCCAUUAUUGAAGAUGUCCUAGGGUUCCUGCACUGCAAAAUAUUCCAGGAGUGGCACGGAAAAAGCAUCCUGAUACUGUCUAUACCGCAAAUGGAAGGAUGUCUUUAUUUUAAAUGUUAGUGUCAGUCAGUACCCGCGAGCUUUAAGUUUUAACAAUUAUUCAAAAGGACAGACAAAGCA